GCUGAGGUAGCCAGAUUGGCCUCUACACCACCGGCUCUUCAAAUGCGUUUUAGACGUCGGAAGUUACAGAAACCCGGACUUUUAAGCUGAUUUCGUGAUGUCCUGGGUGAAAUCUGCGUCGUUCAACGGCGAAGACGUGUUCGACGAGAAUGCGGACGAUCUUUAUUUACAGAGUAAAGAGUGGGCAUCCAACAUGAAGAAACGGAUCAAGGACGGUUAUGUGGACGGAGUGAAUGCCGGGGAGGAGGCCUCGCUCCAGAUGGGGUUUAACAUGGGAUUCAGAGAAGGAGCAGCUCAGACUGUGGCUGUGGGUCGACUCAGAGGGAUUGUGAGCGCUGUAUGGUGCUGGUGCCAGAUCCAGCAUCCAGAAAAGCCCGCCCCGUCUCGUCUGGUCGACCUCUUGCAGCAAGUGACGCAGCACGAAGAGGGAAUCAUCGACGGCAUCAGAAAAACUCUGGAGAACCCUCCUCCGAGCAUGAGCGACGUCUCUGAGAGCAUGGAGGAUCUGGAGGUGAAACCUGCAGGUUGCGAAGAGACGGACCGCUGCAGGAGCGAACAGAAAAUGGACCUGGACGGUUCUCAUAAUCAGCAGAAUCUCCGCUGUGAGUCCAGCUGCGCCGCCUCGGGGUCAGCCGAAGGUCUGGCCCUCCUCGUGCAGCGCUGCAUGGAUCUAGCGUCAGAGCUGGAGCUGCCGCAGGACCUGAUCCGCCACAUAGAGGAGCUGAGGAACAUGUAACAAUACUUGAACCGCUCUGAUCUGACUAAGAUUUAGAGACUUUUAUACACAAAACUGAAAUAAGUUUCAUGUAAAUACUGUGUAUAUACAGGUUUUCUAAGUUAUUUUGGAAAUUUUUCAAUAUAAAAAACAAUGUUUACCACA